AUGGGGAAGAAUAAGCAACUAAGCGUACAUAUUUUGGAGGUUACUGUGGUUGCUUUAUUAUUCUUGUUAGUGGCUGAUUGUCGACCUCAAAAUGGGCGAAGAUUGACAAUAAUGCCAGAUGUCAAAUUGGAGAUACAACCUAAUGAUGUAACAAUAAGCAAUGGCUUCGUCAAUGUUACUUUAUCGAAACCAGAUGGCCUUAUAACAGGCAUAUCAUAUGGUGGUAUCAAUAACAUAUUAGAUACCAAACUUGUCGAAACUGAUAGAGGGUAUUGGAUUUCUGUUUGGAAUCUUACAGGACAUGGAACAGCUCGAAAACAGUUAUCAGCAACAAGUUUUGAGAUCAUAUCGAACAACGGAAACACGACAGAAAUUUCAUUUAAAAGAAUUUGGAAUUCUUCUCAAACUGAUGAACCUCCCCUAGACUUUGACAGAAGGUUUCAUUACAUGGCUGUCUCGGAUGAGAGGCAACGUGUCAUGCCAACACAAGAGGAUCGAGAAAAAGGAAAGGUGCUUGGCUUUAAAGAAGCUGUUCUACUUACAAAUCCAGCCAAUCCAGAUCUAAAAGGAGAGGUAGAUGACAAGUACUUUUACGCAAAUGAUAACAUAAAAGAUAAAGUUCAUGGAUGGGUAUGUAGUAAUCCUCCAGUAGGAUUUUGGAUGAUUAAUCCAAGAAAUGAAUUUCGUACUGGAGGACCUUUUAAACAAGACCUUACUUCACAUGUUGGUCCAACUGUUCUUAGUGUAUUUUUCAGUACACAUUAUGCAGGAGAAGAUUUAGCAAUUAAAUUUCAACAUGGAGAAGCAUGGAAAAAAGUUGUUGGCCCUGUAUUUGUGUAUCUUAACUCUGAUGCUUCAGCUAAGGAAAAUCCUUCUAUAUUGUGGACUGAUGCGAAGAAAAGAAUGAAUCAAGAAGUUGCAAGUUGGCCUUAUGAAUUUCCACUUUCACAAGAUUACAUCAAAUCUAACCAAAGAGGAACAGUUACAGGCCAACUAUUUGUUAAUGACUGGUUUAUCAAUAAAAGAGAUGUACCUGCAUCUAAUGCAUAUAUAGGGUUAGCGCCACCUGGAGACGCUGGAUCAUGGCAAAUAGAAAAUAAA